AUUGGAUGACUUUUGGAGUAGACGAUUCCCUCCCUCCUUCCCUUUCCUGGAAUUCUGGUUAGUUGGGCCAUCUCUUUCUUUUCCUCGGGAGGGAAUUCCUUUUCUCUCCCCUGUCUCGUGUAAAGCUUCAUUCCCAUGGGGACUCCGGAAUUUCCUCAUCUCGGCAAGCAUUGCUCUGUUUCUUAUUGCAAGCAGCUUGAUUUCUUGCCCUUCACAUGCGAUCGCUGCAAUCAGGUAUAUUGUUUGUUGCAUCGAGGUUAUAUUAAACAUAAGUGCACAAAGGCCAACAAACAAGAUGUCACAGUUGCCAUAUGUCCUCUCUGUGCCAAAGGAGUUCGCCUCAUUCCAGAUCAAGACCCUAACAUAACAUGGGACAACCAUGUUAACGUUGAUUGCGACCCAUCAAAUUACGAGAAAGUCACAGAGAAGAGAAAAUGCCCUGCCCCCGGAUGCAAAGAGGUCUUGGUAUUCUCCAACACAAUCAAGUGCAGGGACUGCCUGAAAGACCAUUGCUUGAAGCACCGGUUCGGCCCCGAUCACAAAUGUUCUGGUCCCCAAAAGUUGGAGACAAGUUUUUCAUUCAUGGGUCUUUUGAAUAGGAGUAGAAAAGAGGGGCCAAAGCCCAAUUUAGCUUCAACAACAUCAUCUAAGUGGAGUUCAAGCUUUCUCAACGUGGCCUCUAAUAUUCGCGCCUCAGCUGAAACGGGCAUGUCGAAAUUGAGCGAUGAAAUUAACCAAGUUUGGCAGGCAGCUACUACUAGAGAUGGGAUGGGGCAGAGCAGUGGCAGUGGAAAUAGAAAUGAUCACCAAGUGGAGCAAUGCCCUCAGUGUAGAUCAAAGUUUUCCUCUGUGACUGCUUUGGUGGAUCAUGUGCAACAGGUUCAUGAAAGAAAUGGGAACCGAUUAGGGGUUAAGAAGAUUGAUGCAUGUCCUAAGUGUAGUAAGGGAUUUCUAGACCCUGUGUCCCUUGUGGAGCAUGUUGAGAGGGAUCAUGGAGGUGGUUCUGGAGCGUAGGAAAUUGCAUUCUUUUUAAAUGGAUUUUCUUUUUAUACAUAUGAUAUAAGCAUCAGUUUAUCCUGUUUUAUAGCAAAAGAAUGUGAAUACUAAUUUCAAGAUGAUGUUAGAUGUAUUCACAAUGUCCGUGUAAUUGUGGCAUUAUUUAUGGCUUGAUCAUUAUGCCGUAUCUUUAAAACAUUCUUCAUGCUUAGAAUCAACCCAACUGUUUGAUCUGUCACUUAUCGGCUUAGGACUAGGCUGUUUCCUGAUCACGUAUCCUGCUAGAAUUUUCCAACUUGUCAUUAAUUUGCGAGCUGAAUUCAAACAAUGGUGGAUAUAUAUGUUAUUCUUUGUUGCCA